UGUAGUGCACAUUGUACCUUUGAACUUUUGUUUAAACUGACUCACCCACGGUGAUCCACGUUUUACCUUUUGACUUGUGAGUCUUCCUUACGUUCAUAGGUUCGCUCUCUUGUUGUGCUCUCCUUCUGCACACUCUCCGAGCCUACCUCCAGCAACGUCUGCAGAUAAGUUGUACGACUUCUUUAUUUAUUGAAUUUUAUAUUUCGUCGAAUAAAAUAUAAUUCUCCCAGGUACUCUUGUCACAUCAAGUCUUUUUACAACGAUACAGUUCGUCAGUAUUUGCGCGUCCAGUAGUGUACUGCUAAGCUUAGUAGGUCGCCAAAACGGUGAAGAAGUUUGUAAGGGUGUUUAGAGUAUAGGUCCACUCUAAGCCGUAGUAGAACUCUUACAAGUGGUGAGCCCGUUUCCACCGUUUUCCGCCAUAGCUUAACGUGUUAACAAUUCUCUUUACGUAUCGUUUAUUUUGUUAUUUUUUUUCUUUUUCACGCACGGAUAUAAAGAUUUGAUUUGUUUUCUUUGUACUUAUAUUGUUUUUUUUAUCACCUUGUUAAUACUGUGUCCUGUGUGCAAGAUGGCUGAUGGGGGGUCAUCAAGCUUUGACGUGGUGGCCCAUAUUGCCAAGCUAUACGAGGAGAUCUGUAGUAUCCGACAGGAGAUGAACUCCAGGAGUCGUGGACGCAGUCCCUCAAGUUCGCGCAGUAGCAGACCCUUGCCACGUGCUAGCAGCAAGCGCCGACAGUCCCGAAGUAACCAGCCUGGAGUGUGCUGGUAUCAUCGACGUUACGGAGCAAAAGCCCAAAAGUGCACUCGCCCGUGCACCUUCGAUGUUCAACAGUCGGGAAACUAGCAAGCCAGCACGUACUGGCGACUAACGUCGCUGGCGAACCACUCUCAUGUCGCCUCUUCUAUGUUACCGACCGUAACACUGGGAUACGCUUCCUAAUUGAUACCGGAGCAGAGGUCAGUGUAAUCCCACCCACAGUAGAGGAGCGCAGGCGGCCAAUGUCUCUUCAACUACGAGCCGCAAACGGUUCGCCAAUUGCUACGUUCGGCAGGCGCUUUAUAGAUCUUAACAUCGGUUUGCGUCGUUCACUUCGUUGGGUCUUCCUGGUGGCAGACGUUACCACAGGUAUAAUUGGCAUGGAUCUAUUGCAGCACUACCAAUUACUGGUAGAUACAGGUAAUCAUAAGUUAAAAGAUCCUGUCACAAACCUCUCCGUCAGCGGUAUUGUCACACAAGGCCCAGCCCUCAGCCCGGUAUAUGCCACACCCACUAGCACUGGUCCUUAUUCGCAUAUACUGCAGUCUUUUUCAGAUUUGUUCAAACCUAGCAGCGGCCUGCCAUGUGCGACUUCCAACGUCAAACACCAUAUUGUCACUACUGGCCCGCCAGUUUUCGCAAAGCCGAGGCGACUAUCCCCAGAAAAACUAAAGGUUGUCAAAGCGGAGUUUGAGCAUAUGCUGGAAAUGGGGAUUAUUAGGCCAUCCAGCAGCCCGUGGUCCUCACCGUUGCACCUGGUACCUAAGAAUAACGGUUUAGAUUGGCGUCCUUGUGGCGACUACCGCAGACUAAACGCACAAACUGUUCCCGAUCGCUACCCUGUCCCGCACAUACACGAUUUAACCGCCUCACUCAAGGGAGCUCGAGUAUUCAGCAAACUGGACCUUACACGGGCUUACUACCAGAUUCCCGUCGACCCCGAAGAUAUACCUAAGACUGCUGUGAUUACACCGUUUGGCCUGUUCGAGUUUCUUCGAAUGCCUUUUGGCUUACGGAACGCUGCACAAACCUUCCAGCGUUUUAUACAUGACGUUUUGCGCGGGCUUGAUUUCGCCUUCGCCUAUCUGGACGAUAUCUUGGUAGCUAGUCCAGAUGAAGCCACUCAUCAACUUCAUUUGCAGACAGUUUUCCAAAGACUUGUGACACACUCCCUCACACUCAACUUGCCGAAGUGUCAGAUUGGAGCCACUUCCCUGAAAUUUUUGGGACAUAGGAUAGACAAAGAUGGAAUUUAUCCGUUACCUGACCGGGUAGAAGCUAUUCAAAACUUCCCUCUACCCACUUCUCCCAAGGCACUACGCACCUUUCUCGGGAUGGUUAGUUACUACCGUCGCUUUAUCCCACAGUGUGCUCAUAUCGUGACCCCCUUGACUGACAUGCUUAAAGGGAAAUGCAAGUCUUUGGUGUUCACUAAGGAAGCCUCGACAGCUUUUGCAGCUAUCAAGAAAGCUAUUGCUGACGCCACAAUGUUGGUCCAUCUAGAUGUUCAACUUCCAAUCAGCAUCUCCGUAGAUGCCUCUAAUACUGCGAUCGGAGCCGUCCUUCAACAGCGUAUGGCUAAUGUAUGGCUACCGAUUGCUUUCUUUUCACGUAAACUUACCGCAUGCGAAUCUCGAUACAGCACAUUCGGUAGGGAACUUCUCGCUGUCUACGCUGCUGUCAAGCAUUUUCGUCACUUCGUGGAAGGCCGGCAAUUUACGGUAUUUACCGACCAUAAGCCAUUGACGUACGCCCUCCACACUACUUCAGACCGGUAUUCACCGCGAGAAUCACGCCAUUUAGACUAUAUUUCCCAGUUCACUUCUGAUAUCCAGCACGUUUCUGGAUCGGAUAACGCGGUAGCAGACGCUUUGUCUCGCGUAUGUGCUACGUCCGUACCACCAACCAUCGAUCUUCAUAAAAUGGCCGAACUCCAACUGAACGAUUUGAACUUAGAACACCUGUCAAAUAAAACCUCACUGAAAAUAGAACGCGUCCCCUUGCUAAACAGUGAGGCAACUAUACUUUGCGAUAUGUCAACUGGUACUCCUCGACCGAUUGUUCCCACGUCUUUACGCCGAACUGUGUUUGAGUCACUCCACAACCUCUCCCAUCCUGGCAUACGAGCAACGGACAAGUUGAUUUCUGCGAGAUUUGCGUGGCCCGGUAUGAACCGUGAUGUGCGUCAAUGGACACGUGCUUGUGUGCAAUGCCAACGUGCUAAAGUCACCAAGCAUAACAUCACGCCGUUGGGGACGUUUGCGACCCCAGACGCUCGGUUCCAUCAUAUCCACCUGGAUAUAGUAGGGCCUCUGCCCCCGUCUAACGGCUGCUCGUAUUUACUCACAUGUGUGGAUCGUUUCACACGUUGGCCGGAAGCCAUUCCGAUACCUGAUGUAACGGCUCAAACCGUCUGUCGUGCCUUCAUGGAUGGCUGGGUUGCCCAUUUUGGAUGUCCCGCAACUGUCACUACCGACCGCGGACAACAGUUUGAAUCCACAAGCUUCAAAGAAUUGUUAGAGAUGCUGGGAUGCAAACGCAUUCGCACAACCGCGUAUCAUCCCGCGGCAAAUGGCCUAGUAGAACGUUUCCACCGUCAACUCAAAGCUGCGUUGAUGGCAGUGGACAACAGUAAGUGGACAGAUUCGCUACCACUGGUCCUGCUUAGCAUCCGGGCUACGCUUAAGGGGGAUCUGCAGUGCUCGCCAGCUGAAUUGGUGUACGGUACCACCAUGCGUUUACCAGGCGAGCUAAUCGCUCCCGAAACUUUCGAGCCAAAUUUCCCGGAUACCACCCGUUACGCUCAGCAACUUAAAAGUUUUAUGCAGCGACUCCGACCAGUUUCCACACGCGCUCAGAACCGAAAGGUUCAGGUUGAUCGGCGACUUGAUGACUGUACACACGUUUUCGUGCGUCACGACGCCAUACGAAAGCCAUUACAACCACCGUAUGACGGGCCUUUUAAGGUCCUUAGUCGUAAAGAUAAAUUUUUCGUUAUUGACCGAUGCGGCCGCCCAGACACUGUCAGCAUAGACAGACUUAAAGCGGCAUACACUGAAGAACCUUCACCCUCCCCAUCGGCUCAAUCAAAUAGCCCCACUGAACCUAGUCCUUGUCCAGACUCAACUACUUCACCUCCGGUGGUGAAUGAUGAUUCUCCUACCGUCACCAGUAAGACCCCUGUCACACGUGCUGGUCGACGUGUUCACUGGCCCAAGAGGUUCGUAGAAUUCUUUCACUGAACUAAUCCAUAGGUAAGGCUACUAGUGAUUUUUUAUUCCUUGUCACAAUUUCUUAUUCAAUUCUGCUAUAUUUAAUCUAUUUGGUCCCGCUUCUGGGAGUAGUCGUUUUAACCCUCACUAAUCCUUUUAAUCUUUAUCUCUCGUUACAGAGGACCAGCAGCAGUUUGUUUUUACCCCUAAUUUUUCAUAUCAAUCUACUCGCUAGAUCAGUUGGCGUCUCAUGUCAUCUUGUAACCCACACCAAAAGAGGAAUUAUGAAUAGUAUAUUACCUUUCCAAAAAAAAAUUUAAUUAUUAUGUAAAAAAAAAAAUUUUAUAAAAUAUAUUUAA